CCCUUAUCAUGUAGACUUCCUUCCAGAGUUACGGAACCUCAUGAAACUAACUAGUCAAGCGGAGGAGCAACCUCAAUUAUUAUGGCCAACAACUCAUCUUCGUCCCCUAUCCUUUGCGCUUCUUUCAACCAGGACCAUAGUUGCUUCGCCGUUGGCACCAGGGAUGGUUUCAGAAUAUUCGAUACCAAUACAGGAAGGCUCUGCUACGAAAGAGCUGUUGGAGCUUUCGUUAUUGUUGAGAUGCUGUUUACCUCAAGUCUUCUUGCUAUCGUUGGGGCUGGUGAUCAGCCUUCUUUGUCUCCUCGUCGUCUCUGUUUAUUCAAUACAACUACUGGAGCUGCUCUUAGAGAAUUGAACUUUCUAACUUCAAUACUUGCCGUUCGCAUGAAUAGAGAAAGGCUCAUUGUCAUUUUACAAGACAAAGCAUAUAUAUAUGAAUUAAAUAGUCUCACAAUCUUGGACACUAUUGACACAGUGCCAAAUAUUAAAGGACUUUGUGCUUUUUCCCCAUGCUUGGAUUCUUGCUACAUGGCUCUUCCUGCUAGCACUACCAAAGGAUCUGUAUUGUUGUAUAAUGUCAUGGAUCGUCAUUUACACUGUGAGAUUGAGGCUCAUCGUUCACCACUGGCUGCAAUGGUCCUUUCUUCUAAUGGAAUGUAUGUAGCUACGGCAUCUGAGCAAGGAACCAUAAUCAGAGUCCAUUUGGUGUCAGAUGCAACAAAGCAGUCAUAUAGCUUUCGAAGGGGGACAUAUCCAUCUACUAUAUUUUCUCUGUCGUUUGGACCAUCAAAGCAGCUUCCAGAUAUUCUUGCAGCCUCAAGUUCUUCUGGUUCUAUUCAUCUUUUCACUCUUGGAUUUGCUUCACAUCCAAGCAGGAGCAAGAGAUCAAAUGGUUUUCUUGGAUCAAUACUUCCUGAUGCUGUAAGUGAUGUACUGGAUCCUGCUGAUCAUCACGUACUUCAUAAUGCCAUUCCUGCAGGGGUCAAAAGCUAUGCAGUAAUUCACAAGGUUGAAAAUGUCACUGACACCUCAUCAUCUGAACUUCUAGCUUGUAGGGUCAAUAUGUCCGUAAUAACUUAUAACGGCUACUUCCAGGAAUACAAUUUGAGCAUUGAUGCCCAGAAUGAAUUCUCUUGGGCUUUAGGGCGUGAGUUCAAUCUUUUGACUGUGACCACGGAUAAGGCCCCAUGAGUGGAAAAAUAGUAGUUUUUAGUGCCCCAUCUAUUACUGCUGCAAAGCUGGAGGAAUUGCAUGCUACACUUCGAGAAGCUUUCAGAGCUAACAGUGCUGCCAACGUGAAAGUGUUAGUUAGAGAAACUUCCAGAGCUAUUACU